UUUAAAGGUUCCAUGUAGAACUCUUCAGAACAUUUCUGAUAGUACCCUUUUAGAAAGACAGGAACCCCCAACUAUCCGAAUAACCUUUUUUUCUAAUAAUGUACUCACUUACUACAGGGUUAGUAAGUAAUGUUAUUGUACUACAUAUUCUUGAAUGAAUUCUAUGAAAACCGUUUUGUAAGAGACAUGCACAUAUCUGAUAUGACCCCAUGAAUGAACCCAUCCCAGACUGUGCGCCCAAUCGCCUGAAUCUGGGAGGAGUAGUCAAAUGAAUAUAUAAGCUGGGGACCAAGACUGUUUGCGUCUAGGACUCUUUGUUCAUCAAGACAUUCAGAAACCCCAAAAGCCAGCAACAUGGUUCAGUGGACAGACUUCGAGCGCACUACCAUCCAGGACAUCUUUUCCAAGAUCGAUUACGAGUCUGUCGGUCACCAGGCACUGACAAGGUGUCUGGUCGUGUACCCAUGGACCCAGAGGUAUUUCAGUAAAUUUGGAAACUUGUAUAACGCCGCUGCCAUCUUGGGAAAUCCCAAAGUUGCUGCCCACGGCUUGACGGUAAUGCGUGGUCUGGAGAAAGCUGUGAAGAACAUGGACAACAUUAAGAGCACUUACGCCGACUUGAGUGUGCUGCACUCCGAACAACUGCACGUGGAUCCCCAAAACUUCAGGCUGUUGGCUGACUGCAUUACCAUUGUAGUUGCCUCUGUCCUGGGUGCUAGCUUCACAGCUGAAGUGCAGGCAGCUCUGCAGAAGUUCCUGGCGGUCAUAGUCUCCGCACUCGGGAAACAGUACUAUUAGAUGCUGAAUGUGCUUUUAUGGCCAGAGAUUUAUCAGAAAUUAUCGGAAACUUUCUGCGUUUUCUGCGGUGAAGUGGAACUUUUGUUGUUUAAAGCAAAUAAAUGUUAUAAUAAUCAGUACUCGGUCAUGUCUUGUGGUUCUUAAUAAACCGUUUAUUUGUGAGGUAGACGAUUACAACCAACUUCCAAAGUGAUUUCAAAUAAAUACAUUUUGUAAUUGAUA